AUUGCAAAACAGAAUACAAAAAUAAAGCAAAAUAUAUGCUGGCUCAAUGCUAUUAUUUUGGGAUGGGUGUCGAAAAAGAUUUUAAAACAGCUUUUAAUAUCUUUUUAGAACUUUCAGAAAGUGUAAAACAAAACAUUAAAAAAUCCUUUGAAAUUUAUUUGAAACUUUCAAAAUCAAAAAAGGCAAUUGAACUCUUUUCAGAACUUUCAAAAAGCAAAUCAGAUCAACAAAAUUCUGCUAACGCUAAAUUUGAGUUGGCUCAUUGUUAUAAAUUCGAAAAAGGAAUUACUAAAGAUAUCAAUAAAGUACUUCAACUCUAUUUAGAUCUUUCAAAAA